AUGGCUCCUAUUCACUUAGCAUGUAGUAAUGGAAGAUUGAACUUGAUCCAGUACAUUAUAAAACACGUACCAUCAUCACUUGAACUACUUGUCAGAGGACAUGGUCAUACUCCAUUCCUUACUGCAGUGUACUUCAAUCAGUUAGAAGUUAUUAAAUAUCUUAUUAGUAAGAAGUGUAAUCUAUCGGCUACUGAUGAUGAAGGGUCUGGAGCAGUUCACAUAUCAGUAGAGAGGGGUCACUUGAAUGUAUUGAAGUAUCUCAUUGAUAAUAAUUAUUGUAAUCCUAAUGCCACUGAUCAUCAAGACCAUACACCAUUACAUGUUGCUGUAGCAGCGAAUAAAGAUGAAAUAUUAGAAUAUUUACUGAGUAAGAGUAUACCCUCAAUGAGUAUUGUCUGGUUACGUGAGAUAAAGUGUUUAUUGGACAGUCCUGUACUUAAUAAUGAGCAAGAUAAAGAUGGUAAUACACCAUUACAUGUAGCCUGUCAACGUGGACGACAGAAUAUGGUAUCACUAUUACUAAAAGCCAGUCUGUCUAACAAUAACUUAUUAAUUACUAACAAGAAAGGACAGACACCAUUACACUUAGCAGUUGCCUCUGGUCAUAAGGAUACUGCUGAAGCUUUACUGUCCUCAGUCACUGGUAGUUCUACUCAUCAUGAUCUCCUUACAGCUACUGAUAAUGAAGGAUCCACUGUAUUUCAUAUAGCUUGCAGUAAUGGCCAUAUCGACACAUUUCUUCACUUCUGUAGUAUUUAUCCUGAUGGCAUUAAUACUUUGGAUAAUAGAAAGCGCACUAUACUUCAUGUAGCAUGUGAGAAUGAGAAUAUGGAAUUAGUACAACUUGUAAUUUACAACUGUGGACUAGACCCUGAAGCAAGUGAUAAGGAUGGCAUUACUUGCAUGCACAUAUUGGCAGAAAGAGGCAAUACUACAAUACUUCAGUUUAUAAAGGAUCAAAUAGUUUCUAGCUACAUCCCUUGUGAUGAUAAUGGUCGUACUCCUCUUCAUUACGCAUGUCUCUUCAAUCGUAAUGAGAUGGCACUGUAUCUCAUUAAUAGUUGUCACUAUAAUCCUGAUGAUCCUGAUAAUAAUGGAUACACUUCAGUUCAUGCAGCAUGUGAAGCUGGUAACUUUGACUUAAUUCUACAAUUUCUCACAGAGCUUUGCUGUAAUGCACUAGCUGAAACCCAUGACAAGAAAACUCUACUUUAUUUUGCUAGUAAAAGUUCUAAUUUAGAGCUUGUUCGGUUUUUAGUUGACGUAUUUAGUAUAAAACCUCGUCCACAUGAUAUUGAUAUAGCUCAAUCAGUUAACCCUGAUUCGUCAGUAGUUAAAUAUCUUCAAAAGGUUUAUGAUGAUAUGAUAUUUGAUAUGAUGGAGGAAGAAAAGAGGAUGAAGGAAACUCAUCGAGAGAAACAUGAACAACAACAACAGACUGACAUACAAAGACAAGAUAUCACAUCUUAA